CCAAAUUAUACCCAGACCGUAUCGAUGAGAUUAUCUGAAGUUCUAGCUGAUAUAGGUGUUGAUGAGAGAAUAGUGCUGAAGAGGAGGAGAGCCUGGCUUCUGACAGAAACAAUUGGACAUGUGAAUAACAAAUUAUGGAAUGAGAAUACUUAUAUGUUUUACUAUUUCGGGAGUCAAUCAGAAGGAACAACUACCAUGGGGAUUAAGUCAGACACAGACGUACUUUUUUGUUUAAAUGAUCUACUUGUAAUACAAGACUGGUGUGAAUGGAUACCUGGUUUUCAUAAUCUACUGAUGAUUCAAGAUAAUUCUGUAUCUCCUGGAUACUGUUUACUUCAAUUUCUAAGACCUGAUGUUCCUCGUCCUGUUAAUGGAGAAUCUGAUCAAAACUGCUUCAGAGACAGAACAGGAAAAGUACUGGUAAAACAUUCAAUACUAUCUGACAAAAAUUUAGACAAAUUAAAAAUGCAUGGACCAGCAAGAGUAAGUCAAGGACCACCUGGUUAUUGUCAUACAGACAAUGUGACAGCUCUGCACUGUAAAACAUGGCCACAACAAGCUAGACAAUGGUUGGAUCAACAAGGUGAUGCUCAGUGGCCCUCUGCUGAGAUUAAACAAUAUUGCAGCAGAACUGGAUGCUUUGUUGUUCCUGUUGGAUGUAGAGGGGGUGACUUUAGGCAACUUGAGUGGAGAAUAUCAACAUCUUUAGCUGAAAGGUGUUUAAUGUUAAAUCUGAAUAUUACACAAAUACGCUGUUAUGUCUUGAUGAAAAUGGUUAUAAAAUCAUUCCUUGAUCCACAGUUUGAAGAUGUCAUUUCCAGUUACAUGUGUAAAACUGUACUAUUUCAUUGUAUUGCAAAUUCACAUUUUAACAUCUGGAGAGAAAACAAUUUACUUUCAUGUCUUUCAUCAUGUUUAUAUCAUCUGUAUAACAAUAUCAUUAAUGAAAACUGUCCACAUUUUAUCAUACCUGAGAACAAUUUGAUGAGAAGUAAGAUAUCACCUGUUGUCAAACCAUAUAUCCUGGAAAUUCUUCGCAACAUUAUCAACAGUGAAGGAGUGGCCUUACUUAGGAUUAAAUGUGAUGGUCUUAGUUUCAGACUUCGUCUCAAGUUUUAUAACUUAUGUCCAUUCAAGACAAGUCAUCGCAUUUCAGACUUGCUAUUACGUAAUACAGCUUGGUGCAUUUUAAAUGUACAUCUUAAGAGUAAUGCAAAUCUCCAGAAUAUAAGUACUUAUGAAGCUGUACACACUUUAACAAACUGUAUUUCAAUUAUCUUCAAUCUCCAGCAUGAAGGAUUGGUUGGGACAGCCUGUCAACUUCUGUUGCCAAUGUACUGUACAACACUUGGAUCUGUGCUGGCCUCCAUUAACAUCAAUCAGCACAACUCUGUAUCAGCUGAUGCCCUCAAGCUAAUCUCACUUGGUUUGAAUACAGAUGUUGCUUCAAGUAAACUGAAAUUAGCUUCAAUCUUAUACUGUGCACAAGAAAUAGAAAAAGCUGACUUGGUUCUCAGUGAAAUUGAAAGAAGGUAUGAUCUGCAUGUUGUUGAACCAGUCUGUGGUUGUUAUCAAUUGGAAACAAAAGAACGCAGACAAGGAUUCUUUGUGACAUGUGACAAUCAUAAUGAAGAUGCCAUACAGUAUGCAACAGCAUCAUGUGUCAGAUUUAUGCCAUGUGAGUGUCACUGUGUACCCACUGAACUCAGAUAUGAAAUGACAAGAUCUACCCCGGAGGACAGAAUUUACCGAACAUUAAAUGAUGAAUACUGGAUGGAUAAUGCUGUGGUGGAUUCUCUCCCAUACCUUUAUUUUCUACAAUACAAGGUUAACAGCCAUCUUGGGAAAAUUAAUGAAAAACAAUCUGCCCUCUCAAAACUUCUCACAACCAUAAAAACCGAACAAAACCUUGCACACCGGGAAACAGCUUUAAAUAUUCUCGGAAAGUGUAUGGAACAAGAAGGUAGAGUUAGGGAUGCUCUACAGUGUUAUUUUAUGUCUCUAAAUCUAAGGAGAAGAAACAAUGCUGCAAAGAUACAUAUCUGCACACUUCUAUCUGCAUUCGGAAAUUUCAGGGUAUAGAAUGUACAACAAAACGGUGGAAAAAAACUCAAGUACAAAUUUUGAUGGAAGAGUGACAUAUAAAAGUAAAGGAAUAGUCCUGUAAAACAGCAUAUUACAUAUAUGUAAAAUAUUUCUUUUU